GUACCAGUGAAACGGCUGUCAAAUACUUUAACAAGGGCCAUAUAUAGAAGAUCAAUCAAAUCACCAAAUAGAUCAGUCGUACAUUCUUCACCUUGGAUUAAGGAGAAGCUAUUUUCUUUUAAAGCAAUCGAAAAAUAUUUAAAAGCGUUUCAUAAAAGUGGUAUUCGCAAGAGCGUUGUUUUUUGUGUUCCUUUGGUACACAGUUCCUGGAGGACACUCGACCUGUAUACGUAAGUGAUAUUAGGCCAGCUGAUUUUAUUUGGUUUUAUUUUUACUUCUUUUACAAAGUUUUACUAAGAUUACCAAAUGAUUCCAAGUUUAACAGUCUCUGUGCGUCCGAACGAUGCACUUAACUGACGCUUUUGAUUCACAUAUAAGCAUUUACUGUUUCGUCUGAUAAAUACGAUGGCCAGUAACUAUAAACUUAACACGGAUUGUUUGUCAGGUAUAGUUUGUGAGUAUAGUUAGUUCCUGGAUCUCAGUGACACAUUGAAAUAUAAAUGCGGCCAUUGCCUUUAUAGAUUUUUGGGCGUAUUGCUCGCUUCAUACAUCAGAAAUAGUAUAGGGUUCGAUAUCCUGCUGCCAAAUGGCCUAUAUAGUUUUAUUUACGUAACUGCUUUUGACAAUGACUAUAUAAUAAAACUACUGUUUUAAAUAAAGUGGCGUCGACAGCAAACUGAUGCUAAAUUUUGAAAAAAACAAACUGGUCACUGUCUUGUAAACUAACAAUCGACUAAUAUAAAGUUAUCGUAAAGUGUUAAUACAUUUUAAUGUUUCAUGAUCUGGUCAUUUUUUUUGAAGAAUCUAUAGAAAGAGAAGAUAGGUUACCGACCAAAUGCCGUAUCUGGGGCUAAGGAAAAGUAGUUGAACUAAUUUAAAUAUAUAUUUUCUUCAUGCGCGCAUGAAAGCAAAUUAAUCGCUUAUAAGGACCAAAAUAUUAAGAUUACAGUUCUUAUUAAACUAUAUUAAGCUAGACUUUUUGAAAAAUAAAAAUAAUACUUAAUACUUUUUAUUCUUUUUAAUACUUUUUUAUUAAAGUAUUUCUGUUUUAAGCAUGUAUCUUUUUGGUUCAGGUCCUGCCACUUCUUACAGCACCUCAGUCGACAAUUUGUUCCACACAUUACAUUGUUCCCUUCCGACCCGGGUUCGUGUUUAAACAAAGCCAAACAAAAAAGUGCUACAUUUACCACGUAUACUCAAGAUAAGCAAAAGGCUGUUCAGUUGGUCAACAUAUACACCCAAGAAUGUAAGGCAUACAUGGGCGUUACCGGGAAACCUAAUUUAUAUGCUACUUUAAACGAAAACCUUAGAAGUGGAAAUCCUCGAAUUGUCUGGAAUGACAUGUCCGCAUUACUAAGCAAAGGGCUUGUUCUUCUUGGUUCUCAAGUAAUUCCAAAUCUUUACCGUGGGUGCCAUUGUCCAGUUGUUAAGAAAGGCACACCGUUCACUUUCAAGCAAUUUGCCAGCACCACAAGCAAUCCAGAUGUUGCGCUCAAGUUUCUUGAAUCGCCUGCAGGAAAGUCCUUUAUUCAUAUAAAAAAGGCGGAAGGGACUGAUGUACAACCAUAUUCGCGUUUUCCAACUGAAGAUGAAUUCCUGUUAGGUCCUGAUAUAAACCUGGAUGUGGUCCAAGUUGAAACCGACAUCAAUCGAAUACACGAAGAAAUCAAGAAAAUAUCACCAACCGCAGACGUGCGAAAAUACCGAACCGUCGAAAAGUAUGUCGUGCUUGAUGGCUCAAGAAAAACGAAAAAACCAAAAGGUGGUUUCUGGAGCACAUGCCUGUGUGGUGGUGGCGAGCCUUAAAACACAUAUUCUUCCAAAUAUACUGUUACAUGUUGCCUCGUAACAUAUUUCAUUAUAUAUAUAACUAUAGUAUAACAAUGUCGGGAAUGAUUCAUUAUUGCACAAAUAUAUAAUAUCAAAAAAACUUUUGGCGUAUAUAAGGUGUAUCUUCGGGUAUCUAUAGGUUCUUAUAAUUAGAAUUCAAUAUCUAGGAUUUGAAGAUGACGUAAAGAUCGUUUUACCAAUGCUGUGCAUAAUAGACCUUUUCGAUAAAUUACGUCACGAGCAUUUUCCUGGCCAACUCGCGAGACACGAGACAAACACUCGCGAGACACGGACAAAAACAAGUUAUUUGAUAAAUAUAUAUACACUUUCUACACUUUCGUAUGACGUCACUUCCAGUAUUAAGUGAGAUACAUACCUUGAAUACUAAUUACCUUCGGUGGUGGAUGGGGAAUUAUACUACUCCCUUUAUUUAUACUGGAUAGCUCUAUCAGUUCUAAACUGUUUUCUCUAGAGGUCCAGUAAGGAUAAUUUUUUAUUUAUCCAAUGUUACUACAGGAGGAAACCUAAACUAAACUAACUUUAUUUAUACUGGAUAGCUCUAUCAGUUCUAAACUGUUCUUCCUAGAGGUCCAGUAAGGAUCAUCUUUUAUUUAUCCAAUGUUACUACAGGAGGAAACCUAAACUAAACUAACUUUAUUUAUACUGGAUAGCUCUAUCAGUUCUAAACUGUUUUCUCUAGAGGUCCAGUAAGGAUCAUCUUUUAUUUAUCCAAUGUUACUACAGGAGGAAACCGAAACUAAACUAACUUUAUAUAUACUAGAUAGCUCUAGCAGUUCUACUGAACCAAUCGAUCGAGCCACCUUAAUAGGGAACGCCCAUAUUCUCCAGGUAUGCAAAUAGUCAGGUGUCCAUAGGUGAGAUAAGGCAAGACAAUAGAUUUAAUAUAGAAAUUCAUUUCUUGUUGUGUUAGGGUAUAGAAGAAGAACUAAGAUUGGCUGGAGAAGCUUUUCUCGAGGGUGAUGAUGGAUGUGAAGUCAGUGUGGCCAGGAAUGAGGUUUGUAGCCUGAACUAACCUCGUCCCAGGGCAUUUUGCCUCCACAGCUGAAGGUCGGUGAAAAUGGCCCUGGGAUUGGCCAUAGCCUAUCCGAAGGGAAGAUGGCUGUGAAACUCAUUAGAGUAACAGUGUAACUCAUCUAUGUUAGUCAACGUUUAUUCAUAAAUCUGGUCCUUCACCGUCACGUGUGUAUUGUAUUUUUGCCAAGUCCACCAAUAGCAAUUUACUCUAUUGUUCGAGUCACGGAUAGGUAACUCUCUUAAAACAUUGCUAUUGGUUAGUACUAGUUGGGCAAAAAUGCAAUACACACGUGACGGUGAAGUACCAUAUUUAUGAAUAAACGUGGACUAACAUAGAUAAUGAGUUAUAUAUUGUUAUUCUAGUGCGUUUCAUAGCCAAUCUUCCCUUCGAUAGGCUAUGGAUCGGCUGAUCAUUUCUGCAAUCAAAAGCAUUAAUUAUUUUGCAGUAUAAUUUAUUUAAACAACUCUAGUGCUUUAAAUGUUUUUGUCAUCAAAUUAUACGGCAAACUUCAGAAAAUACCAAGAGUAUAGUCAAGAUUCACUUACGUCCUAUACUUGUCGUGUUAUGUGUUUGUCGAACUCAUGGAUAUCAGACGAAUUAUGCAAGCAUACUGCUCUUAAAAUAACGUCUUUAGAUGAAUAAGUUGGAGCAGUUGGCAAGUAGUUCAUUACUUCACAUUUCUUAUUCGUAAACAAACAACAAAGAUUUAAUUUCACAUAUAUAUUAUCCUAUCAAAACACCCUGAAAUUCUGGGUGUCAUGUGCCCAGCCGUUCCAGGGCCAUUUUCGUCGACCUUCAGCCGUGGAAGCAAAAUGCCCUGGGGACGAGGUUGUGUCUGAACAGCAUGAAAAUCAUUACCAGCUCGUAUACUAUAAAUCCCCUGAUCAAGUACAGUAUAGUCAUAACUACGCUUAUUUUUCAUAUGCUCCUCAAUCAACAAACAAACAUAGAGGAAGUCUUACAUUGAAAGACUUAGAAAGAAAUAUAUUGUUAGUAGAUUUCAUAAUUUUCGUUUUAGGUCAAACUGAGCAUGAUUUUCAAGUGGUAUAAAGAAGAUUUUGGCUAUGACAAAUUUGAGGUUUGUCAAGAAAAAGAAGCAAACUUAAAAUGCGACUAACCCCAAAUAGAAUUUUUGGUAGUUGUAAUAUUUGAGUCAUUCUAUAAGAUGAAAUGUAAUGUAUCUUUAUAGUAAAAAACCUCAAGCUUGAUUAACUUUUUCACUGUCAAAGUUCCAGAUAUGAUGUCAUUCGGUGAAUUUUUGGUACAAAAAAACAAAGGAAAACUAAUUUGCAAUUUGCCUAAUGACAUCAUAUCCGGAAACUUUGACAGUGAAAAAGUUGAUCAAGAUGGGAUUUUUUAUUAUAAAGAUGUAUUACAUUUCUUCUUCCAAUCACCCAAAUAUUACACAUACAAAAAACCAUACUUGGGGUUAGUCACAUUUUAAAUCUAUAUAUUAGCUAGAUAGCUAGCUCUAAGUCCACCUUAUAACAACCCGCACACCCGAUUACCUAUAUAUACAUGAACUUACGGUUACAUCUCAACAGCUGGCCUCUGUAGCUCAGUUGGUUAGAGCGCUGCACCGGAAUCGCAGGGCCGUAGGUUCAAUUCCUACCAGAGGACCUUGUGCUACAUUUUUAGGUCUUAAACCUUGUGCUGCAUGGUUAGGUCUUAAAAUGUAUAUAUUCUCACCUGGAUUACAAACCCUAACAUUCUAAUAUUAAUUCCACCAAGUGAAGUGCAAGAAUCCAUCAUUGAAGCUCUAUUUAAUAGCAGACGUGCCAAUAAUUUUACUUUGCUAUUUUCCUUUGCUAAAAGGAUAAAAUGUUUGACUUCUCUAGAUAGCACUAUGGGUCCACGACCACAUGGGCGAUUGUCAAAAGAAGAAGGAUCUUGGUGAAAUACUGCUUGAUAAAAAUUUCAAAUUGACUCACAUGUCUUACAACUGGAGUUUGAACUCGAAAUAA